AUGUUCCCUCGGUCGUUCCUUCACGCGAAGAGUGCUGGAGCCGCUCAUCCUCGCCAGAGAUUCCUCUGCGGGAGCAGUUUUCGCGGUCAUCUUCGCCAGAGGUUCCGUUGCAGCAGUGUCUUUCGUGGUCGUCUUCCCCCGAGGUGCCUUUGCGGCGUGGAUUGUCGAGAUCGUCACCCUCUUCACCUGCAUCGUCAGCCGAAAUCUACAAGCAUGGUCCCAAUACUAGCAUCUCGGGAUGGGAUAGCGAUCUCACUGAUCUCACCAGCGACGGCGAGGGCGAAACUGAACUUGACGAUGACAAGCCGCGGCGUCACGCGUCGGGCAUUAAGAUACGCGUUCCCGUGUUUGCCAAAGUAGGCGGUUCCAAGUCACCACUGCGUAUUUGCGCUAUGCGCAAGUGCAAUGUUGUACUCUCCGUCGAUCAUCAGUGGAAGGUAUGUAAUCCGUGUCGGCGGCAUCACCGCGCAUAUCAGCGGUUGCGUCUGGAGCGGCUGCGGAGAAGAUCUGCUGAAUCGUCGAGCGAAGAGGAUCUGGGCGGUGAUAACGAGGAACAUCGCCUGAAGCUUAAGAUCAAGCUUAAUCCUCAAUCCUCGUCAUCCGCCGCAACGGCAAAUGGACAUGGGUUGUCUGUACCUAAUACACGACGAUGCAACUAUUCGUACUGCGCAAGGCCUCUCCCCCCAGAAGACCAAUACCAGUUCAAGCUUUGCCCUUCUUGCCGUGCUCGAGCGAGACGCAGCGCGCGAAGGCGGCGAGACGAGGUCGAAGACGCGAUCUUCGCUCUGGACCUCGGCGAAAAAGAAGACAAGAAGCAGGAAGAAACGAUGAUGCGGUACGAGGCGUUCCAGGACGUCUCGGCGCUCUUCGCCGCGUUCAGGGCCCGGCUCGAGGCGUUCGUGCAGGCGCACGUUUUGUACCUCCGCGCCAAGCUCCGGGAGCUCGUUAUUCUUAGCUGGGGAAAGGACCGGGCUCGGGUCGAGGCGAUGAUACACGAGCAAAGGUUGCGAGCGACGUUCUUUGCAUUCGACGGGGAGUACUCGAGCGUCUUGUCGGGGUGUGAUGGGCAGAACCUCGAGCCGGGAGGGUCGUUUGACUCUGGCUUUUGCGAUGCGGAGGGGAUGCAGCGGGAGUUGGGAGGUCUUGCGCGACGAGUGGGUGAGAUGCUUCACACGGAGUUUAGCCCUUUUGCAAGUUUUGCGGUAAAGGACGGCGGUCUCAUCAUGAGGUAUACAGCCGAGUUGGAUCUAGUUUUGCCCCGUGAUGGAUGGGCACCGCCUACGGAUGAGCCGACUGCUGAUGGCGCUCGCGAGGUUCGUCCUUUUGUCAAGAGGCUGCGUAACGAGCUCGAGAUAGCCAUCGUGCCCGACCAGUCACAUAAGUUCUUUACGGGUCGCCGGAUUGUUUUGCGGUUCCGUCUGCUAGGGUAGGCUAAUGUU